UAUGACAGCGACCUGCACACACACCUCGCCACAUCAACAGUAUUUACCGGCACAUCUUCAAGGAUUCAGAAUGACCUGAUCAGCGCUGUCGCUAGUGUAAUGACGGAUAGCAUGAAAGAGGAGCUGAGGAAGGCACCUUUUGUUGCGGUCAUGUUGGAUGAAACGACAGACAUUAGCAACGUGGCGCAGAUGUCAUAUGUGCUUCGAUAUGUCACUGACGAUGGGAUAAAAGAGCGUUUCUUCAAGUACGAAGAUGUGACAGAGGACAAACGAGCAGAGGCCAUAGCUACACGGCUGCUGGAGUUCCUGAGGGAGAGUGGCUGUAUUGACAAAGUGGUCGCGCAGUGCUACGAUGGAGCAGCUGUUAUGGCCUCUGGAUUGAAUGGGGUGCAAGCGAAAGUUAAGGAAACAAUUCCACAGGCCCUUUUCAUUCACUGCUAUGCUCACAUCUUAAAUCUCGUUUUGUCAAAUGGAGCUUCCAAGAUAAGAGAGUGUAAGGUCUUCUUCUCCCACCUCUCUGGCUUGGCCACCUUUUUCAGCCGCUCAGCAAAGCGCACCAAGCUACUGGAUGAUAUUUGCCAGCAUAGGCUUCCACGGGCAGCUCCUACUCGCUGGUGCUUUCAUUCUUGCUUGGUGUGCACAGUGGCAGAUAAGACCAGGGAAUUGAGAGAGGUGUUCGAGCACAUCGUAGACCAUCACACAGAGUUUGAUGACGAAACUGUUCAUUGCUCUGAUGGAUACAUCACCCUCCUUACCAGCUUCGAUUUCAGCUUUUGGUUGAAAACCUUCCACGCUAUCUUCUCCUACUCGGAUGUUGUUUUUGAAAUACUUCAGAACAAAGGUUUUGAUAUGCAGUUCUGCCUGGCCAGAGUGGAUCAGCUACAGCGACAAAUUGAACAGGAGAAGGGGAACUUUGACAUCGUCUACGAUGAAACCCAGGCUUUGGUUGGUCCUCCGCGCGGCCGUGGAGCUCAAGGAGACGUUCGUGCACGGUACAGGGAGCUCCACUGCAGCGUAAUUGACAGCCUGCUAACCCAGAUUUCCAACCGCUUCAGUGACCACAAAAAGCUGGAAUUCCUGGCCCUUCUGGACCCGCAACAGUUCGGGCAUUACUGUAACUAUUUCCCAACUGCUGCCUUGAACAGUUUGAUGGAGAGCUAUGGCGGAUAUUUCGACCAGCCUCGACUGCACACGGAACUCGCCGUGAUGUACGGCAUGUCUGACAUUUUGGGGAAAAGCCCAGCCGACAUUCAUCAGUUUCUCCUCAAAAAAAGGACUGAGUGA